AUGAGGCUUCGCUUGCUUAUAUUUUGCGCUCUCAUUGUGCUUUUGAUUUAUGCCACCUUUGCUGAAGCUCAGAAAAAGAAGGAAAGAAACAAGGCAAAACAGCCAAAGAAGAAGGCUAAUGUGCUUAAAAAGAGAAUCUCUAAUUUGAUACCCACUACCAAGAAGGCGACGAGCACCAGCAUCAUAACGUCGUCACCAACUUCACAGAAAAGUGCAGGGAAGGCUCAAAAACAGUCUACCAAAAUCCCUGUAAAAAUUCAAAGACCGGCACCUGUACUUGCAGAGGUUCCUGAUAAUCAUUGCGAUUCGGCAUCUUCAUGCAUGUUCUGUGACUUCAGCAGUCUGCAUUUUAACGAGACUGGCAACAUGAUUAACAAUAGUAUGCAAAAUUAUAUCUUGCUGCAGUUUUACAAGGCUGAAGAACAGACCUACGCUAUAUUCAACCAACACUUUCGAACUUGGACCGAUAACUGGAAAUUUUGCUACUCUAUAAACAUGCAGCCGGUUAUGUUUCAAAUAAAUAGCUCUGACCACUUCCGUUUCACAAAAACAUUGAAGGAUGAACUGGGUGAAUUAGUGAGCUUGGGAUACCAGUUCUGGUUUGGUGCGUAUUUUGACGCCACCCAGUGGGUCACGUGCGAGGAGGAAUUCCUGGCAGAAAAACUACCAUUACCUUUCAACUUUGGCGAAGGCGAAGUUCAAGAAUGUGCAUCUAUUGUCUCGGAUGGACGUGUUGUCAGGGCAAAUUGUGAUGACUCGCUGCGAUUCGCUUGUCAAACAAAAAAUUCAAUUCCAGAAUCAUCACAAAGCUGCGUUGCAAAUUGCAGUCUUCAAAAGUGCAGCUCAAUAACGAAAAGGACUAAAUCUCUUGAAGAUCUUUACCUUGGUGGACUUUGGGUUUAUGACUGCGAUUCCUAUUAUUUGUUUUCAUCAUAUUCGGCAAACAUCACUGAAGCACGUGACGUAUGUUGCUCACUGGGAGGAAAGUUGGCCUCCUUUUCGACCGAAUUUAAGCAAGAGUGCUUUAAUAACUUAAUCAAAGUUGACUUUGAGCCUGAAAUGAUCGACGAAUUUUGGACGUCCGCUUCGGGAAUGGACUGUACGAACUCGUAUCGGUGGUGCUACGGGAAAGAAAUCCGUCAACCGAAGAAUUCAUUUUCAUGGAAGCCGUCAAUUUUGCCCAGUAGUGGCAAUGGAAGUUGCGUUUCUCUGAAUAUAAAACGCGACGAUGACCUAAAAGUUAUUGAAACAACGUCUGCGGCCAUUGGAGAGGGUGACGUUUUGCAGUUUUACCAAAACAAGUACAAUGAGGAUGUCUCUUCCGCACUUGAACGGCCUGACUUGAAUUCAUUUGCAAUGGAAAAUUGCUCUAGCAAAAAGAAAUUUAUAUGCGAGCUUAAAUUCUUGAAAGAAUCUCCAGAAAACGCAAUAAGUUCUUGUAGAAAGUUGCUCAAUAUUACUGAUGGAGAGUUUGAUGAACUUAAAAACACAAGUAGCUAUAACUUAAGGAAAAAGUGCUAUGUAAAAUGCAUAAUGGAUCUAAUGAGUUUGGCACAAAAGACCACACUGUUGGAAUAUCAAAUACUCAAGUUUUCAAUUUUGAGUGAAGAGUUAACUUUCUCAGUUUUCCAAACGUGCGGAAAAGCUAUGAAUCACACAAAUCAUUGUGAGGCGGCAUUCAGAGCUUUCAAAUGCUUUGAAAAACAGGCACCAGUGUUUGCCAGGCAAUUCAAAUUCACAUUUUUGCUAAGUAUGUACCUUUUUUUCAAUUUUAAUGCUACAAAUUCAAAAAUUGAACUGGCCACUUACCGCCCACGUGAAUGCAAUUCCGCUGAUGGCGCGGCUGAUGAAUUCUUCUUUAAUACAGCCCAAGCAGCUAACGGUUCUUUGGUCAAAGGACCGGACGGAAAAUUGUGGUUCAAAUCAAAAUUUAAAGAGUACCAUAAUUAUGAAGACGCACAUAAAACGUGUGCACUGUUGUACAUAGGUGGAACAAAUGAUUGGGACCUACCAGCGUUUAUUUUCUACAAGGAUUUCAAAGCAUUUUACGAUUGGAUUGAAGGAGAGAAGUCUGACAAUUUAAUCGCGCAGACUUUUAUCGAUAAUAAUAAAGAGAGGUGGUGCACGGUUAGGGGACCAUCUACAGAUGGAAAUUACACGAGAGUUAGAUACGAAUCAAGUACGAAUGUGCCACUGGUAAUGAAUUUCACCAAAAUGCCUUUGGAGACGCUCAAGGUUCCGACUUUCCUUUACAUGCCUAAGGGCAGCGACUUUAAGUACAAGCUGGGCGUUGCUUGGAAAAAACAAAAGCUGCAAGUCAACUAUUUUUAUUGCCAACAGAUUUAGUCACAGAAAAUUGGCGGCUAUAUUUGUAACCAAAUAAUUAUUGAUCAAAUUGGUUUCUCAGAAAAUUAGCAAAAUUCGGAUGCAAGCA